AUGGCGCAAGAAUAUAAGGUUUCCACAGGACGGGGAGGUGCAGGAAAUGUGGCAGUGACAAGCGACAAACCCGUACCAAAAAUGGUCCCGCAGGGAUCACAGACACCCAGUAUCCUCCAACCGGUCUUCAGCACUGGUAGAGGCGGUGCUGGUAACAUGCGUAAAAACGUGGAUUCCAAGAUGACCCGAAAAGCACAAGAUGUGGAGUACUCGGAAAAUGAAGAUCUAAUAACAGAGGGGAAUGUGGAUGCCAUAGAUUCACGUGGCUCUAGGGGCGGGUCUUUGAAAGCGAAGAACAGCGAAGGGCUCAAGACUAAAAGAAGCAGGCCCGACCCUCCCAAAACGGUGGUGAUAGGGCGCGGUGGAGCCGGGAAUAUACUUUCUCCGGCAUCCAGUCGCAAGAGUAAAAGCAACAAGAACGAGAAGAAAGGACUCUGGAAGAAGAUCAAAAGUGUAUUCUCGAGCUCUUAG